AAUAGUUAUAAACAUUAGGUAGGUACCUACCUAUUUACAUUUUAAUGUUUACAAAUUUAAAUUACAAUAGCUUUCUUUUAGUUUAGCUAGGCUGGGAAAACAACCCUAAUUUGUUCUUUUAAGGAUGUUCCAUUAUUGAAACAAAUAUAUAUUAUAUACCUAAAUAGACUUAUAGCAUUUAGCAAUCUCUGAGACCUGUUAAUAUAUUAACCUAAAAAUAUUAUAAUUAGUAAUAUUACGUUUGCAAGGGAGUAAUAAUAUUAAGAAAUAAUACAAAAAAUAUUUGAAGUAUAAAUUUAAUAAGUGAAUAAUAUGGUUCAACCAUGGAAUGAUAAUUCUAUUUUACCACCACCAAUUAAUACUUUUUUAUGUGAAGAAAAUAUUGAUUGUGAGCAAUUGAAAUACAUAACAAAUAAUAUUGUUCAUAUAUUAUCAAGGCAGUCACCUUUUCAUAAAGAGAGUGCCCUUUUUUCUAGGUUUCUGUAUAAGUUCGAUAAAAAAUUUCGGAAUGAUGUUGGAUACAGAAAUUUCAGAAAGGUGUACACUGCUUUAAAAAAGUUUUUAAAACUAAAUCUAAUAAAAGAUGUGAAGAGUUUUUAUUCCAUCCUUCCCAACGAUGUAGACCAAGAAGUAUAUUUACCAACAAGGCAAAUGCUGGAAUAUUUGUUAAUAAGGAUUAUAACAUUUUCUAAAAUAAUGAUGAGAAUUGCUGUGUGUUCUAGACAGGCAGCCAUAUUUUACUUAGACAGAAUUAAGAGAGGUGAAAGUCAUUGGAUGAGUUUAAUGCCUUAUGCAUUAUUAAGCAGAGUUUGGUCAAUGGUAAUGGUUUUAUUGCAACAUUCAUGUAACUGGUACAAUCAGUUAUAUCCUUUCUUAAAUCAUUUACAGAUAAAGGGUCUUAGUUUUUUACCUCCUAAAUAUGAGUUGCCCAAAGAUUUAGAAGAAUGGUUGGACAUGAAACAUUUAAAUGACUUUGGUCGGUUUGAAUGGACAAAUAAGAUGACUUACAAUUUAUCAUCAAUAAUUUCCGAGGAUGAGGAUGGUGAUCUUUGUGAAAAUAUUCUUGAAUUUGUGAAUCAAAUAAAUGAUGAUAGCGAAAAUAUUGAUGAACCAAUGAAUACUCAAGUUAACAAUACUUGUGAAGAAGUAACAAUUUGCACAAAUGAGGAUACUGGUGUUUCUAUUUCAAGGAAAAGUCAAAUUGAAUCUGAACCACUAAAGCUAAUGACAUCAUUUAGAGAAACAUCACAUCUGAAACCAUGUGACAUAGGUGUCCCAAUAUCACGACACUCACUAAAAAGUGAAACGGAGUCAACUAAAUAUGAUCAUUCAAUUGACAGUAUCACAAACCCUAAUCUAAUAAAUGACUUUAUUGCCAAAGAAGAAAUAUAUAGAAAUGAAUCAAGUCCUAAUGCACUAACACAUCAUUUAAGUUUUAUGCAGUGGCAGUGUUUAAAAAAUUCACUAACAGAUUUAAUCAGUGUAAAAAAUAGGAAACUACAGAGGAAAAUAAAGCAAAUAUGGCAGGAAAAAUGUUUGGACUACAAAUAAAACAUUUAAAAUAAAUUGUAAAUUUAUUAUUACCAUUAAUUAUAUAUAUUUUUGCAAAA